AUGGCCACUUCUGUUGUCACUGCCACUCCCGGUGCCAACCAAAUCUCCGUCUAUGGCCACCCUUCUCCCACCAACUCUACUACCAACUCUACUACCAACUCGACCACCACAACUCCCUCAAAUAACUCGCCCACUUCUCCCCGUUUGACCACCGCCUCUCUCCACCAACUCCCUCUUCAGUCGCGCCAGCUGCGUCCCCCCAAGGGCCCCCUCUACGUCCCCGCGGCCCUUCGCCCGACAGAGCGCCCGCAAAAGUCCUCCCCCAUUACUCCACCCCGGAGUGUGCAUGGAUCACUGGACAGCCUCAACGAGGACACCGAGCCGAUUAGCCGACGCUCCACUAUGGAGAGCAACUCGAGCGGUAUUAGCAAGUCAGCCGAAAACGAGUGGAUGAAGAAUGAGUCCCUCGGAGAAGUGACCGGCCACCCCACGAGGGACCACUGGAAGGCCGACUCUGCCUCUCCCAACUGCGAUUCUCCCACCUGCCGCUCCUCUUUCGGCCUCUUCCUGCGCCGCCACCACUGCCGCCAUUGCGGCCACGUCUUCUGCUCCUCUCACACUCCGCACAUGGUCCCUCUCGACCAACAUGCUCGCUUCCACCCGGAGGGCUCUGCGUCCCGGGCCUGCGACCUGUGCUGGAGUGCCUACUCGCGCUGGGAAGAGACCCGCACCAACCGCCUAAGCAAGAUUCAGAACUCGAUCGAUGCGAAGAACAUCGAGGGCGAGACGGAGCACACCGAAGACUUGGCUGCUUGCGAGAUGAACGGUACUGCUGCCCUCCGGGCAAAUCUCGGUCAAACGGCGGAAGUUGCCGCCAGUGUUCCCCGGGACUGGAACUGGAGCACUUUCUGA